AGCUAAUCUGACUUCAUUUCAAAUGGCCCCGUAAGGCAACAAGGAUGGUUCCUUUUGACCCGACCUGUUUGUGCUGUGAAAGAGCUAACUUAUCUGACAGCUGUUUAGGCGUUUGUAAUUGCCGACCCUGUUUCUCUGAACUGUGGUCACCAAAUGAAGGGAUUGCGGCCUGCAAAGGCCCACCCCUUGCCGCCACUGUGUGGGGCUUGGGGACAGUGUCGCCGGCGGUCUCAAGAAUAGGAGGGAACAUUGACCAGGGAGCACCACUGCGGCCGUUAAGAGGAGCAGGAACCACAGCCCGGGCUGAGUCCGAAAAAAGCCGGAUCCGGACGGCUGCCAGUGGAAGAUGGAGGAAGCGGAGGAGCCGGCAGAGUGUGGGCAAUCUCUGCCCCCGGUUUACAUUUACAGUCCCGAGUAUGUCAGCAUUUGCGACUCUCUGGCCAAAGUCCCCAAACGGGCCAGUAUGGUUCAUUCACUGAUCGAAGCAUAUGCCCUGCAUAAGCAAAUGAGAGUAGUGAAGCCCAAAGUAGCCUCCAUGGAAGAGAUGGCCUCUUUCCACACUGACGCAUAUCUGCAGCAUCUCCAAGAGGUCAGCGAAGAAGGUGAUGAUGAUCAUCCAGACUCGACAGAAUAUGGACUAGGUUAUGACUGCCCUGCCACUGAAGGGAUAUUUGACUAUGCUGCAGCUGUAGCCGGGGCUACCAUCACAGCUGCCCAAUGCCUGAUUGAUGGAAUGUGCAAAGUAGCGAUCAACUGGUCUGGAGGGUGGCAUCAUGCAAAGAAAGAUGAAGCAUCUGGUUUUUGUUAUCUCAAUGAUGCUGUCCUGGGAAUAUUACGAUUGCGACGGAAAUUUGACCGUAUUCUCUAUGUGGAUUUGGAUCUACACCAUGGCGAUGGUGUGGAAGAUGCCUUCAGUUUCACCUCCAAAGUCAUGACUGUGUCGCUGCACAAAUUUUCCCCAGGAUUUUUCCCAGGAACAGGUGAUAUGUCUGAUGUUGGCCUAGGAAAGGGACGGUACUAUAGUGUAAAUGUACCCAUUCAGGAUGGCAUACAGGAUGAGAAGUAUUACCACAUCUGUGAAAGUGUACUAAAGGAAGCAUACCAAGCCUUUAACCCUAAAGCAGUGGUCUUACAGCUGGGAGCUGAUACAAUAGCUGGGGAUCCCAUGUGCUCCUUUAACAUGACUCCAGUGGGAAUUGGCAAGUGUCUCAAGUAUGUCCUUCAGUGGCAAUUGGCAACACUCAUUUUGGGAGGAGGAGGCUAUAACCUUGCCAACACGGCUCGUUGCUGGACAUACUUGACCGGGGUCAUCCUAGGGAAAACACUAUCCUCUGAGAUCCCAGAUCAUGAGUUUUUCACAGCAUAUGGUCCUGAUUAUGUGCUGGAAAUCACGCCAAGCUGCCGGCCAGACCGCAAUGAGCCCCACCGAAUCCAGCAAAUCCUCAACUACAUCAAAGGCAAUCUGAAGCAUGUGGUCUAGUUGACAAAGAGAGAUCGGGUUUCCAGCACUGAGAAGCAGUGCCUAUAAUGAAGACAGUGUGUUUAUGUGAACGGUUUGUGGAAUUUGUGACUGCAUGGGGAAAUUUGGAAGAAAUUGCUUCCUGAAAAUUUCCAAGGGCACCAAGUAGCAGCUGGCCUCGUGGGGUGAGGAGGCAUGCACCCCAGGGUAUUCAACUAUACCCAAGGGAAAAGGGAAAGAUGAAAUGUUUAAAGUGUUUAUUUUAAAAUACACACAUAAAUGCAGUUUUUAACCACUGAAAAUUAUUUUUAAGUGAUUUGGGGAAGGGUUAUUUUUUAUUAAAGAGGACAACCUGGAAAGAAUGGAUUACAUUUUUAUCAAAAGUUUGUGGAACAGGGAGCAACUGGGAGGUACCGUUUGAGUCUCAGAACCAUCUAGGGGGAGCCCUGGAAGAGAGGAACAAUCUGAUCAGCAAACUGAGAAGUGUCCUUUUAGGUUAUGUAUCUAUUUUGUUUUUAAUAAAAUCUGUGAAACUUAA